UACAGUUUCCAGGACAUGCUGGUGGCUGAGAACCCCAACCUGGUCAGCAAGAUCGUGUCUGGCCAGAACUUUGAGGGCCGCCCUCUGAAUGUGCUCAAUAUUAUGACUGACCCCAUCCUCACGGCCAUUUUGGACAAGAUGGACAUCUUUCUGGAGAUCAUGGUCAACCCUGAUGGUUACUACUACACCCAUACUACUAACCAUAUAUGGCGUAAGACCAGGAAGCCCAACCCUGGCUCUUCCUGCAUUGGAAUUGACCCCAACAGGAACUGGGAUGCUGGUAUUAGAAGUCCUGGUGCCAGUAACAGCCCCUGCUCUGAGACUUACCGCGGACCCAAGGCUCACUCUGAGUCUGAGGUCAAGUCCAUCGUGGACUUUGUCAAGUCUCACGGCAACCUGAAGGCCUUCGUGUCCAUCCAAUCCUACUCCCAGAUGCUCCUCUACCCCUACGGUUACACCACGACCCCCUGCAAGGACCAGAGCGAACUGCACAACCUGGCCAGGAAGGCUAUCACUGAUCUGGCUUCCCUGUAUGGAACUUCCUACAGAUACGGAAGCAUAAUCAACACCAUCUAUCAGGCUAGCGGUGGUACCAUUGACUGGACCUACAACCAGGGCAUCAAGUACUCCUACACCUUUGAGCUGAGAGACACUGGUCGCUAUGGUUUCAUCCUGCCUGCCAAUCAGAUCCUCCCUACUGCCAAGGAGACUUGGCUGGCUCUGAUGGCCAUCAUGGAGCAUACCAAGGACAACACAAACUAGAGGGGUCACCACGACAACCUACUGGACUCUCUGUCAUUGUACUGUUGUACAUAGGUAUAUAUAGGAAAAGCCUAUCGGUAACAUUAUGUCUACCAUGUCUCUUUCCAGGCCCCAAAGAGACCAAUAAAUGUCAACUGUUAUACCUGA